AUGCUUUCUCUGGAGAUUUAUUUCAUGUGUCAUCCAUACUUACAACGGCCUGGGCAACACGUGUGUUUUUCUUUCAAAAUACCUCCCCCCCCUUGUACCCCACCUCCAACAAAUACAUAUCUACUUACACCAAACAUUCUCCAUACCAUAUCGCCCCCAACCCCCCACUUUUUUUUUUACCUAUCCCUCCAACUACGACUCCAGUUGCUCUCUCUCUCUCUCUCUCUCUCUCUCUCUCCAUUUUUCUUUUUAAUUAAUUUUUUCUUUUCAUUUUUCUUUUCCCGCGUUAAUUCUUUCUUUCCAUUUUUCUUUUCCCGCGUUAAUUCUUUCUUUUCAUUUUUCUUUUCCUCCUCAAUUCUUUAUUUCCACUUUUCCCCUCAUUUGACUUCUUUACAUAUUUCGACCUCCCCUUUUCCUACCUACGUCAUCGUCGGCUUUUUGUCUUUGCAAUUUGUUCACGAGGUACUGCUUCAAUACAACGAGUUUCCUCCAUUUCCGUCUCUAUUUCUCUCUCUCUCUCUGUUUUUCACUCUCUCAUUUUCGCUCUCUCUCUCUCUCUCUCUCUCUCUCUCUCUCUCUCUCUUUUCUCUCUCUCUCUCUCUCUCUCUCUGGGUCUGA